AUGUGUGAUAAAAUAAUUUUAGCCGUUAGAAGAAUUGAAGAAGUUACGAAAAAUCAAGAUUUAGCCAAAACAUGUCAACAUGUUCGGGAUUCACUGAGAAGAAAGUCUAUUAAAAUUGAAGAAGCUCUGGAUAUUUUGUCCGAAUACAUUUUAAACUUUGAAGAUGCAACAUUGUUCAGGCAACAUCUACCAAACCUACUUUUAGCUUUGGUAUCUAAUAGGAUACCCUUAAAACCAGUUUUUUCAAAUUAUGACUUUGAUAUUUGUAAUGAUUCUGAAAAAACAAACCACUUAGAAUUUUCCAUUGUGUUGGCGAUUUUAUGUGAUCACCCUGAUAUACUUCAAUAUGCUCUCAAAUACUUUCAAAUUAAUCCAGUGCCACCAUUUGAAGUUUUUAUACAUCAUGAAGAUUCUUAUAAUGUGGCACCAAAGAAACGUCGACUUUUAGACUGUCGUCAAAAGAUAACAGAUUACCGUCUAGUUACUUGCUGUUACACAUUACUUUCCAAACUGCCUAAUGAAUUCUCCACAAAAUGGGAUUGGACAAACUUUAUUAUCAAUUUUUGUCACCAUGAAAAUGCUGAAAUAAGAUGGAUGGUAAAAGAAUGCAUGGUUAUAUUAACAAAUAUGACUGAAGCUCAAUCAAAAAUAUUAACUGAAAACCUUAGAAUAUCUGAGCAAGAGAAUUUAAAUUAUCAUCAUAUAAGUGAAAUUGAUGUGGCACAGACAAUCGAAGAUAAUUUCGAAGAUACAAAUUUAAAUACAAGUAAUGUUGUUAUUGUAGAUGGCAUUAUGUUACCAAUUUAUGAAAAAAAUAAUGUACAAAAAAGUGGUCUAGUUCCUGUUAAAUCUACAAUAAAUAAUUUGAGGAGCUUGGCUUUGGCUGUUGCCUCAGGUAAAGCAAUCUCUCUAAUGGGCCCUGUAGGAUCGGGAAAAACUUCUCUUGUAGAACACUUAGCUGCUAUCACUGGUCGUAAGGGUGUGGCCUUCAAAAAGGUUCAGUUGGGUGACCAAACUGACUCCCGAAUGUUACUAGGUUCCCAUCAGUGUACCGAUGUACCUGGUGAAUUUGUAUGGAGCCCUGGUGUACUCACAGAGGCUGUACAAAAUGGCCAUUGGCUAUUAUUAGAAGACAUCGAUUGCGCCGCUUUAGAUGUUGCUUCAACUCUAAGCUCGCUAUUGGAAAGAAAUACACUAUGUGUUCCAGGUUACAGAGAUGCAUUGCCGGUAACACCGGGUUUUCAACUUUUUGUUACACAGAGGACCGUGACAACAAAUUAUGGCUUCCAAAAGAAAAUGUCAAAUUCAAGCACAUUGUUACAACGACACUUGACUCAAAUUAUUGUAGAGCCGUUAUCAAGAUCUGAAUUGGCAGAGAUCAUUCAAACUUUGUAUCCAAGUCUUACAACAAUAUGUUCUAGAAUUAUCGAAGUGUUCAUGAUGUUCUCUGUAGGUAGCCACGAUACAUCAUUACAAACUACUGAGACUGUUUCUAAUACAGACAAAGAAACAAAUAUAGUAUUACUUAAAGGUUCCAGACUUAUAUCAACGAGGGAUUUAAUGAAAUGGUGUUCUAGAGCAGUAGUGGGAUUUGAUGUUUCUAGUCCUGAAUCAGCUUUGAAGGUUUUACAAGACGCUUUAGAUAUUUUUACAUGUUCAGUAUCCUCACCGGCACACAGGCUGGAGUUGGCAAAGAAAGUUGGUACCUGCUUGGGUAUUGUAGAAACUAAAUCUGAAUUUUAUUGCAAACACUACAAACCCAACGUAUCUUUAAAUCCUACUUUUCUAGAAGUUGGUCGAGCAAAAGUGCCUAGAGUGGAAAAAAGUUUGGAAACAAUUAAUUUUGCAAAUAAGCAAGAAGUAUUUUCAUUCACAAGACAAUCGGCUUGUUUACUUGAGCGGAUUGCAUGUUGUGUUGCAGCUAACGAACCUGUACUUCUAGUUGGUGAAACUGGAACUGGUAAAACUUCCUCCGUACAAUAUCUGGCGAAACAAACCGGCCACAAACUUGUAGUUAUCAAUAUGAACCAACAAUCUGACUCUGCUGAUUUACUAGGCGGCUACAAACCUGUCGAUUUAAAAUUUGUGACACGACCAAUUAAAAACGAGUUUGUCGAAUUGUUCAAAGGUUUCUAUAACGUAGAUAAAAAUCAGAAAUUCCUUGGCCAUAUAGAAACAUGCUAUGAGAGUGAAAGCUGGACAGCCUUAGUAGCUCUCAUGAAACAGAGUCACAAAGCCGCUGUGAAUCGCUUAUCUAAAGAAAGAAAAGAGUGUAAGUUAAAGAAAUGGCUUACUUUCGGCUAUAAACUAUCAAAAUUAGAGCAACAAGUGAAAGCUGCUACUAGAUUGACUUUUGCAUUUAUAGAAGGAUCUUUAGUAAAAGCAAUGCAAGAAGGACGUUGGGUAUUGCUAGACGAAAUUAAUUUAGCCUCUGCUGAAAUAUUGGAGUGUCUAGCUGGCUUAUUAGAGGAUAAAAAUGAAAGUAUUGAAUUAUUGGAAAAGGGCGAUAAGGUCCCCAUUAAACGACAUCCGGAUUUCACUUUAUUCGCUUGUAUGAAUCCGGCGACAGACGUUGGUAAAAAAGAUUUACCUGUUGGUCUAAGAAAUCGUUUCACUGAAUUCUUUGUUGACGAACUAACAGAAAGAAAUGACUUGAUACUUCUAAUAGGUGACUACUUGUACCAUAUGAAUUUAAGUGGUGCUAUGUUGGAAGCGAUAUACAAUUUUUAUUCUAGUGUUAAGAAAGAGGCUAAACUAAACUUAGUUGAUGGCGCAGGUAAUGCACCACAUUAUUCACUAAGAACUUUAUGCCGUGCGUUGACAGCGGCGGCCAGAGCAAAGUGUGGAACUGUGGCUAGGUCCUUAUAUGAAGCAUUCUGCUUAUCUUUUCUCACUCAACUGGAUCGCUCUUCUCAUCCGAAAGUAGAAGCCAUGAUAGCAAAAGCCGUCAUAGGUAAAAGGAAUGUUAAUUCAAUCCUCAAUCAACUGAUACCUGAACCGCAGGUUCCUGGAAAAAACUACUUGCUUUUUGAAGGUCAUUGGAUUCCUCAGGGAACAUUGGAAAUCGAUAUUCCAGAUGGUUAUAUUUUGACUCCUACAGUCAGAAAAAAUCUUAGGGAUAUAGCGCGUAUUAUAUCUCUCGGUCGACUGCCGAUAUUACUUCAGGGCGAUACGUCGGUGGGAAAAACAUCACUUAUCACUUACAUUGCAAAGGCAUCCGGAAAUUAUUGUGUGAGAAUUAAUAACCAUGAACACACAGAUUUGCAAGAAUAUAUUGGAUCCUAUGCUACCGAUUCAAGUGGAAAUCUAGUCUUCAAAGAAGGUGUACUUGUAGAAGCUAUGAGAAAGGGCUAUUGGAUUAUUUUAGACGAAUUGAACUUAGCUCCAAGUGAUGUGCUUGAAGCGUUAAAUCGCGUUCUGGAUGACAACCGCGAGUUGUUUAUACCAGAAACACAGCAAGUCAUUAAGGCUGAUCCCAAUUUUAUGCUGUUUGCGACACAAAACCCUCCCGGUUUGUAUGGUGGACGUAAAAUGUUAUCAAGGGCUUUCAGGAAUAGAUUUGUUGAACUUCAUUUUGAUGAAAUACCACGAAAUGAAUUGGAGACUAUUCUACAUCAACGGUGUCAUGUACCACCCACUUACAGUAAAAAGAUGAUUGCAGUCAUGGCAGAUUUGCAAGUGAGACGACGAGGUUCUGCUGCAGUGCAGGGAAAAGACGGUUUUAUUACUUUAAGAGAUCUGUUUAGAUGGGGAAAUAGAUAUAAGCAUGCCUCCAAAGAAAUAUUGACGAAUGACAAGUUCUAUGAUUGGGAUCAACACAUUGCCGACGAAGGCUACCUGAUAUUGGCUGGAAAAGUCCGACAAACAGAUGAAAGGUCAAUAAUAGAGGAAGUUAUUGACAAACAUAUAAAAAGAAAAGUGAACCCUGAUAACCUAUUUAGUCUUCAUCAAAACACUUCACCCAUAACAAAAUCUAUUUUAGAGAUAAUACUUAAUAACAAACUCAUUGAAUUCUCGCAUGUUGUAUGGACGUAUAAUAUGAGAAGAUUGGCUGUUUUGAUUGCUAAAGCAUUUAUGUUUGAUGAGCCUGUGCUGCUUGUCGGUGAAACAGGAUGUGGCAAGACUACUAUAUGUCAAGUACUUGCUGCUAUAAGCAAUCGUAAACUCCUUUCAGUUAAUUGCCAUAUGCAUACAGAGAGUUCUGACUUCUUAGGAGGUCUUCGACCGGUAAGGCAGUACAAGAAAGACGGCAGACUAUUUGAAUGGGUAGAUGGACCUCUUAUUAUAGCUAUGGAGAAUGGUCACAUGUUCUUAGCUGAUGAAAUAUCUUUAGCUGAUGAUAGUGUUCUGGAACGAAUGAAUUCUUUACUAGAACCUGAAAGGCAAUUGGUGUUAGCCGAAAAAGGAAUGGAAGAUGGUUCAGACAUAGUAGUGGUAACAGCAGCCAAAAAUUUUCACUUUAUAGGAACUAUGAACCCUGGCGGAGAUUACGGCAAAAAAGAGCUCUCACCAGCAUUGCGAAAUAGAUUCACCGAAAUAUGGUGUGACAGUGUUACGAAUAGAGAUGAUCUCUUAAAAGUUUUAGAGAAAAGCGUUGGUAAAGGUAUCGCAUUAGGGAAUCAAGAAGAUGGUACAUCGGGGAUCGGAAGUUCCAUUUUAGAUUUCACGACGUGGUUGAAAAAUUCCGAAGUGACUAACAAGUUUCCUUUCAGUAUACGAGAUUUAUUGUCAUGGGUUCAAUUUAUAAAUGUAUCAGUUGCAAAAGGCCUUUUAGAUACCCCGGAAGCUUACGUUCAUGGAGCCUGUUUGACAUUUUUGGAUUGUUUUGGAACAGCGUUAACAGGCCAUAUUGACUCACGAGCUUUGACUUUAUUGCGGAAAUCGGCUAUAAGCUUCUUGCUAGAUCAAAUAAAAACAAUCGCUAGUGAAUAUACAGAUAGCUUAAAAGACUUACUUGAGUUAAACAUUUCGACAUUAAAAGCUGAAUUUGAUGGUACUAAAUUUGGUAUUAAACCUUUUUACAUUGAUGUUGGAGCACACAUCAAUCAAAUUGAUUCGGAACAGAAAUUUACUUUUACUGCUCCAACAACUGGAUCUAAUACUCUAAGGUUAUUACGGGGUCUACAACUAAAUAAAGCCAUACUAUUGGAAGGAAAUCCAGGUGUCGGAAAAACAAGCUUAGUGACAGCUUUAGCUAAGUCCUCAGGGCAUAGAGUAGUUCGCAUUAAUUUAAGUGACCAAACAGAUAUAACAGAUUUAUUCGGUACUGAUCUUCCAACUGAAGAUGGAUCUUUUAUAUUUAAAGAAGGAGCAUUCUUAAACGCUCUGCAAAAUGGUGAUUGGAUUUUGCUGGAUGAACUCAACUUAGCGCCGCAGCCUGUGCUAGAAGGUCUAAACGCGUGUUUAGAUCAUAGAGGUGAAAUUUUCAUUCCAGAAUUAGGAAAAACAUUUAAAGUUCAAAAGGAAACUAAAUUAUUUGCAUGCCAAAAUCCUUUAAAACAAGGUGGAGCUAGAAGAGGGCUACCUAUAUCAUUCUUAAAUCGGUUUACUCAAGUGUACAUUGAUACUUUGACAAAAGAAGACCUCAUAUAUAUUGUCGAAUCACAGUAUCCAACACUGCCAAAAGAUGUAUUACACAGAAUUGUCAAAUUCAAUUGUAAAGUUGCCCAUGAAAUCACAGAGAUCCAAUCUUGGGGUCACAGAGGAGGUCCUUGGGAGAUGAAUUUAAGGGAUAUACAAAGAUGGUGUGAAGCAUUAUUGGCUGAUAAAAAUGCUGGCAAUAUUGUUUCACCUGGGAAAUUUGUUGACAUGCUAUAUAUUAACCGAAUGAGAACCAUUGAGGAUAAACAUUUAAUGGCUAAAUCAUACGAUGAAAUCUUUUGUCCGGAGUAUCCAAGAAGUGCAACUAAUCCACAGUUUGACAUAAAUGACGAGGAGAUCAUUUUUGGAGACGUAAAAUUGAAAAGGAAUAAGGAUAAAACAUUCAAAAAUAGGCGCGCGUUACAAUCAAACUCAUUAAUCUUAAGAAAUCAAAUGCCAACUUUAAAGGCUGUUGCACAAAAUAUAAAUAUGAAUUGGUUAACAAUAUUAGUGGGUGCGACAUCGACAGGAAAAAGUAGUAUAGUACAAAUACUGGCUGACUUAGCCGGCCAUAAUCUUCAUGUAGUACCUGUGACUUCAGCUAUGGAUGUAUCUGAUCUUCUUGGCGGGUUCGAACAAGUUGAUUACAAUAGAAAUCUUGAGAAUAUCUAUGAUGAAAUAGAAACACUUACACAACAUACCGUUCGUAAUUUAUGGUUGACAGAGGAAAUUGAUAAAUGGAAAACAAACAAAUUACUCAAUAAUCUCCAUCACUAUAUAAAGUUGCAAUCCGAUUACGUGAAUAAUAAAUUUACCAAUGAAGAUACCGAAAAGUUUAAGGAGAAAAUACAAUUCCUUUUAAAACAUUGUAAUAAUUUGUUAAAAUGGAAAUCAACAGAUGAGUUUGUAAAUAAAGUACAAAGAAAUAUUCAUAAAUUAAAUAGUUUGCUUAACAAAGUUCAAGGUUCGUCGGUGAAAUCGGGGGGUAGAUUUGAAUGGAUAGAUUCACUACUUGUGAAAACAUUGAUAGAAGGAUCAUGGCUUCUUUUAGACAACGUCAACUUGACAUCGGCAGCUGUGUUGGACAGGCUUAAUGGUCUGCUGGAACCUAACGGUGUCCUGAGUAUACCAGAAAGAGGUGAAAUAAGUGAAAUUAAACCUCAUCCGAACUUCAGAGUAUUCUUCACCAUUGAUCCUAAGUACGGGGAAAUUUCGAGGGCGAUGAGAAAUCGGGGAGUGGAGCUGUUUCUUCUUCGGCCUGAUGACUGGGAAACUAGUUUGUCUGAAACAAUACCAUAUCUGGAUUUGGUAGCGCUGCUUUCUUCGUGUGGUCUUCCUGAGCGAUAUUAUGCUGUUUGUAUUAAAUGCCAUGAACUAAUGACUUCUUUUAUUCAAGGUUUAGAGAGGCCAACAAUAUCACACUUAAUACAGGCGUCGUAUUUGACGUGGCAGCAACUUGUUCGAGGUAUUCCCUGUAGAAGUGCAUUGUGGAACAGCUUUGCUGACGUGUACAUAAAACCUAGGAGUGGAAGUGAUUUUGUAUCAAAUGUAAAUGUUCCAUUAGCCGAAAUGAAAAAUAUAAUGUUAAAAGCAUUAGAAAAAGAACUCGAAAAAGAAGAAUAUGACGAAAUAAAUUUAAGUAAUACAACUCACACUUUAUCUAUUAAAGGAUUAUGUGCCAAGUCUUCUGAUGAAAUAGGAAAACAAAUUGCAUAUCCAGUGGUAAAGCAAUUAUCUACUAAAGACAGUUGUCCAGAUAAUGCUUUGCAUUAUCUUUUUAGUAUUUUUGUUUCAUACCAAAAAUGUCAUAAAGAGACUUUAUUUAUAUUACACUCUAUAAUAAAGGAAUAUGUGAGCCAUGAAAAAAAUAACAAAGCUCUGAUUUUGGCUGAUCAACUAAAUGAGAAAGCAUUCAAAUAUCUACAGGAAAUUAGUUCAAACCUAUCAACACAUCAAAGAUUUUAUCCUGAAUCUGAAAUGCAAUUAGCUAAGGUUAUCCCGGAAACAAAUGUUAUUUUAACAUUGCUUUACAAUGAAUUACACAAAGUGUUUACUGAGACAUCAAAACACGAAAAACAUUUUUCGGCGUUGGAAUAUUCAAAAGCUGUUCUAUCUAACAGUUUAACGGAUGACUUUGUUGAGUAUCCUAUUUUAAAAUUUUGUCAGCUUUACAUUCAACGUGUCGAUGAUGAAAUAGUGAAGGCCGUAAAACUUGCACGAGAUUCAUUUAAUGACAAAAUAUUUUGUCAAAUACUACAGUUGUUGAAUUGGCGUAGUAGAUUUAUCGGGAUUUGUUCGAAGCCUAUAUUUGUACUAACGAAAAGCAAUAGAACACCGAUUUUGAAGGAAGAAAUCAUUCCACUGCUUAACGUGCAUAAUAAAUGGUUGCGAAAGUAUUUGCUUAAUCAACUGUUCAAGCUUCCAGGCAAUAAUAAGGGAUUAGAAAAGUUUAAUACUGAUUUGGAAAAGAUGAACUUGCACAACCAAAACGAUUCUGUAACAAUGCCUAAACUAAGUAAGAAGUUACGCAAGUUAUAUGGGCAACCUAAGUUAUACGAAAAUGAAACAGAACAGUCUCUAUGCAUUCAAAGAUCUGAUAUUUACAAAUCUCUAACUUUAGAUAUGAAUCACCCAAUCGAAAAACAAGUUACAAAAAUACGUGUGGGCUCCAUGCCGAUUUCAGAUUUAUCUUUAGUAAUAGAUGUGCCCGAAGAAAACGUUUUAAAAACUGUACAGGAUAUUGUAACAAGGAAUUUAGAAAAUGCCAAAGAUUUAGACAAAAGUUUCCACUUGAAACUAUUACCAAUACACUUAUAUGCAGUGCAAAGGGUUUUAUGUCUAAUAAAAAGUGAUUUGUUGAAUAUUAUUAACAAAAUGAAUUCAAAUGACAAAAACUAUACAAUAUCAAACAAUGUAAUAGAUGUGUUGACAUAUUUGGUUAACAUAGGCAAAGAAAUCAAAGGCUUUCCACCGGCUCUUUUGGUCCUUUUAAAAAUGAUUCAAAAUAUUAUAACGGACAAUGAAGUAAACUUUGAGAGAAUAUCUUCAAUUUCUGUCAAGUUGUGGGAUGAAUUGUACAAAAUGCUAGUUAAUUCGCCUGUUGUAUACCCAUUACCUUUUCUAAUACCAACUGAAUCUCAAACGUCGGAAGAUAGUAUUCAAGACAUCCCGUCCAACAGCGAGAGGGUUUCUACAAACCUUCCUUUGAUGCCUUUUUAUAUUCAAAAGUUAACUAUCCAUACAGACGAUAAAAGCUCCCGCCAUGUUUUAGCAUACGAGUCUGUGCCUUUGAAAGAUAGGGUAGAAUAUUCUAUGCAACUGGACGCCCUACUUAACACUUUAUGGAAGAAUAUAGGUGCAUUAGACACGGCCGCUGCUUUGAAAUUAAAAACUGAUGCAGAUUUCGAGACGAAAAAAUACGAGCAACUAAUCUAUCAUCUGCAUUCAUUUGUACAAGAAAAGUUAUCUAACAGUUCAAAUUCCGUGCCGUCUAAUGAUGAUAUACGUCUUCAAGAAUACUUUAAAGAUGAUACCACUUUUGUUAAUAUGUUAACAACAGCCUCGCAAACGUACAAAAACCUUAAUAUUAUCGUCAAAGAAAGUUCUAGAACCAAUGAAGAAAAUAUGAGAGCCAAAAUUUUGACUGCAGAAUUGUCUAUGCUUACAAGUUUUUUGUUUAUAAAGAUAAUGGCUGAAAUAAGUCCAAUGGACCACGUAGAGAAACAUCGCCUAAAAGUUCAAUAUAUUGAAGAAGAUGUAAAAAUGUUUGAUGCAUUACUUAGCGUAUAUUACAUACAUGGCGUAGUAUCUGGAUGCAUUCUAGAGAGCAGGAAUAUUGAGAAGAGUUCAGAUGUUUCAGUCGAAAACUUAAAGGAGAAUAAAGAAAAACUAAAUAAAGUGCAUCCUUAUUGCUCUAUUCUUGCAGAGCUCAAAGAGAAAACCGCACAAGGUGUUCAUAAGUAUGCUUCUGGUAAUACUUUUAGACCUAAAGAACCUUCAUACGGAAGUUUCGCAAAGGAUUGCAAGCACUUCACGAAAUCAGUUUUAUCAGAGAAGUCAGUAACAGCAGUUUCUACAAACCUCAUCUCCAUUUGCGAUGCUCUUUACAACUGUGUUCUGACUCGUGACAUCAACAAAAGCAUAAUACAGAAAGCUCAUACUGUCGUCAAGGAAACUUCGUCUUGGCUUCAUUCAGUUGAAGCGUUUUAUAAAAAAAUUGAAACUGCUUACUCUGAGGCUUUCCCCGAUUUAGCAAAACCGUUACAGGCUUCCAUAUCGCAGAUUAUUUACAGUAUUACUUCAGUGAGCGAUCUUGUAAGAGAGAUGAUUGUGAAAAUUGAACAGGGUUCACUUUUGGAUCAAACUGUGACUGAACUUAUGAUAUAUCCGAACAAGAUUCCAAGUAGAAAUGCCAAAGAAAAGCAUUUGAAUAGAUUUGUAUCGUCAUCAUUCAUGCAUGUGUUAAAGAGAAGUGUAAUAUCUGAUGAUGAUGACGUAUUCAACGCCGAGUUGGAGUGUUUAGAGGCUUUAAAAAUGAAUUUGUCAGAGUUAAAUAUGCACUGCACGGCCAUGGAAAGCGUUGACAAGUUGACUUUUGAUGCAGUUUUAAGUACAUUAAACGCAAUCGUGAAUAUUUGGGAGAAACAGCGCCAGGACAUCGAGAAAAAGAAACAAGACGACGAAGCGCUAUAUGUAACAAAGUCCAAAUGCGAAGAUGAAGACGAGGAUGAAAUCGCACAGGAAGAAAUAAUGGAGAUGUUUCCGUCAUAUUCGGAGUCAGAUUUUGCCGAGUUUAAACCUCUUAUACUUGAAAAUAAGAAAUCCAAAAUGCCAAAGAAUGACAAUAAGAAAAAAGCAGAAUACUUAAUAAGUAAUGAAGAUGUAUCCCUGAUCUACAAAUGGCAUUCCAAUUUUGUACGUAAUUUGACCAUAGCAGAAUGGUUACCUAGCCCAAAGAAAUUAGUUGGCAAUGAUGUUAUAAGCCCUUUGUUGAAGAGGUAUCCCACAUUUAGUCGAAUUGUAGAUUAUGUUUGGGAAGCUUUAGACGCAGAAUUUGAAGGAGUCAUUUCACCAAGUUUGAUGGUACUUAUCUCACAUAUAAAAGAGAAAGUUGAUGGAAGUGAAGCAUCGAGUCAAAAGGUCGACUUUUACCACUCACCUUGGGUUUCCGAAACGAGGCAAUGUUUGCCGUUGCUGCAAAAAGUGAAAGAAAGUACAAAUGAAUUACUCGAUCAGUGGCCUGAUUUCCCGACACUGAAGGACAUUAUUGUUAUAGUUGACAGAAUAUUGAGUUUUCCCAUCACAAGUCCCGUGUCUCGCUUCCUAACUGGUCUGGAGUUACUUCGCGACAAAAUCGAGGAGUGGAAUAAAAACGCACACAAAGGGAAUAAUAUGAUUGACAUUUCUCUGGCUGUUGGUCAGCAGAUCAUUAAUUGGAGAAAACUGGAAAUGUCUCACUGGAAGGAGUGCUUGAAUAAUUUGUAUAGCAGGAAACAAGCUGAAGCCCACAAAUAUUGGUUUUAUUUGUACUCUGUAGUGAACUCGUAUUUGUAUGAUGGUACUGAUGUAACUGAAUCCAAAGAAGUAGUGCCAGCUUCAAGAGUUAUUUCGGUGCUGAAGGACUUCAUGGAGAAUUCAAAUUUGGCUGAAUAUGAAGUGCGGCUAGAUAUUAUAUAUGUAUACCACUGCCAUUUGAUUCAUCUAGAGCAGAGUCCACGGCGAGAUGAGUUGUUGUCUAUCUUGUGGAACACCUAUAAUUACUACUCCCAGUUCGCAUUGCAAGUGGCAACAGUAAUAAAGGAGAAGCGCGCCCCCAUAGAGAAGAAACUUCGUGAUUUUGUUAAGAUUUGUACUUGGGAUAGAGAUCUUAGCUAUUGGAGUGUUAAAGACACCGUCGAUAAAGCGCAUAAGGCACUGCACAAGCAUACAAAGGAGUUUGAGAGGGUGCUAAAGGAGAGCGUGUCUAGUUGCUUAGUGGAUAACAUGCCGGAGACGGGCGUGGAGCACGUGGGCAUCUGGGACCGGCCAAAACGAGCGACCGGUGCCAACGCUCUCGCCGGCGGCGCCUACAUGAUCGACCCGCAGAACUACGUUGUUAUGCCUAGGAACCUUAAGAAAUACCUCGAUCAAGCCGAACAGCCAUGCAGUAUAGUGCCAGAUGGGAGCCUCCUCUCGAAAAUUCCUAAUUUGCUUAACAAAGCAAAGACCUUGUGUAAAGAUACAAUGAUCAACUCCGGCUAUCCAUCUCUAGUGCAAGCAUUGGAUGAUUUCGUCACCCUCAUUAUAGAGACUAACACGCAUCUAAGCUCUCUAGAGGUUGAUAAUACCAUGCCGAAAGAAAAACAACAGUCGCAAGCAAAGAAUAUAGUUCAACAAAAACGCAAGGCUCUUGCAGAUCUCUUUAAGUACCUAGCCAAAAUUGGUCUCAACUACCGGACUGGCUUAGUCAUUUUAUCAGCUUGCAAUGAUGAUUUAUACGACUUUACGAUACCUCCCAUCGAUCUGGAUGCUGCUAUUAAUUACUUGAAGAGCAGACGCUGCGAUAUAACACUAUCUUUGCUUUGGUCCGGAUGUGAAAAAUACUUCCAAAGAAAUAUUGCACGACACAGAUUGCUCGCGGCUGCUUUGAUAUCUCCACAUGCCGAUCUAGGCAUUCAAAAUAUCGAAAGAUGCAAAGGAUUCGCAGCACAAUUACUGAAACUAACAAUUACGCAAAAGAAGUAUGUUGCUAAAUACGCGAGACGCCUCUGUGACUUACGUACUCUUGUCACAAAUUUAACAGGCGCAUUAGAAGCUGAGUCUGAUGAGACAAACAUAUCAACAUUAAAAGAGAAACUUAUAAUUCUCUCGGAGUGUUACUGUAACAUAAGUAUAUUGCUUGAUCAAUUCUGUGUUUUGCUGCAAUCAUGCCCAGAGAAAACUUUGAAUGAUAGCUGUGGGCCAGAAUUUGAUGUUGUAGUUUCUGAUUCGCCUUUGACCAGAUGUUAUAAAAACAGUGACGAAUGGAACGCCCUUUAUAGGUCUGUCAAAUCUAUUAUUACCAUAGUCGCCAAACAGAAAACAGCUCUUCAUAAACUAGCAAGUUCCAUUCCACAAAAAAUAGGUCGAUGCAUUGGAGAAUUGCCUACUCUAUCCCAGUCUCAUAUUGAUGUUACAAAUGAUGCUAAAAAUAAUUUAGAAAGUAUCGUAAACAAAUUAGCCGAUAUCAAACAAGAGUAUCAGUUUGGACUAAAAUCUUUGGUUGCCUUGGAAUAUACUCCGCAACAUCCCAUGUUGAGAAGUUUGCAUAACUUGGACACAUAUUUAAAAGAAAUAAUAAAACAAAUUCAUCAAUUAGAUAAACCAGUUGACAUAGAUAUGGACAGAAAUAGUUGCAAAUUAGUUAAAGAAACGGAAGAUUUAAUAGCAAGCAUGCUUUUGAUCAUUCAAUCCCUGUACAAAAAACAUUUACCUGUAGACAAAAGUCAAGAUAAUAUUGAUGUUUUAAAUGCUAUUGAUGAAAUUAUCGACGACAGUGUAAAGGAUAAAGAAGAAUCUAAAGAAAUGCUUGAAGAUAAUCAUUUAAAAGAAUGUUUACAAGAUAAACUUUCGAGUGAUGUUAAACUGUUACAAUUAGAUGUCAUCCUUGAUAAAGUGCAUAAGCUAUUAACCAACUAUGUGCAAUAUAUAGCAACAGUGACAAAGACUGAAGAUGUGAAAAUUGCAGUUAUGAGAGUAGUUCCAAUAUUGGAACAAACUAUGUUAUUUAUCCAAUAUUUCAUAUCGCAAAAGGUGGCUGUCCAUAGAGUUUCUUGCAAAAUGCUCUCUGUAUUAUUGAAAAUAUUCUCUGAUUUGGCUACUAAAGGUUUUUGCAAACCAUCCGACUUGGAUAUGGAAGAUGGUGAAGGAGACGGUCCAGGGAAUUUGUCUACUGGUAUGGGACUCGGAGAAGGUGAAGGUCAAAAGGAUGUCUCCGAAAGAAUUGAAAACCAGGAUCAACUAGACGAUGCACAACGUCCUGGUGAAGAGAAAAAGGAAGAGGACAGGGAUUGCAAAGAAGAAGAGAAAGGAAUAAAUAUGACUGAUGAUUUUGAUUCGCAUUUACAAGAUGUGGAACAAAAGGAGGAUAACGAUUCUGACCAAGAGAAUGACGAAGAGGACGCUGAUAAGCAAAUGGGCGAUACAGAUAACGCAGCCGAAAAACUAGACCAACAAAUCUGGGGAUCAGAAGAUGAGGAAGAAUUGGACGAAGAACAAGAAAAGAAGACAGAUAAGGAAGAAAAAGGGAAAGGGGAGAGUACAGGCGAAAAAGAAAUGGGUGCCAAAGAGGAAGAACAAGGUACUGAUGAUGGAACUGAUGGUAAAGAGAAAAAGCAGAAAAAAGACAUUAAUGAAAUGGAUGAACCUGAAGUUGAUGACGAUCACAUUGACCCCUAUCACGGUAAGGAACAACAAUUACCCGAACCAGAAGAUUUCGAGCUACCAGAGAAUAUGAAUGUCGAUGAGGAAGAUGGGGAAGAAAAGGAUGAGGGUGAAACAGAAACUGAAAAUCCAUUUGAUGUUGAUGUGAUGAAACAAGCCAUCGCAGAAGAACAAGAAGAAGACAGUAAACAGAAGGAGGAAGAAGAGAAGGGUAAUAAGAAUGGACUUGAAGUAUCCAGUGAUGAAGACGAUGAAAAUCAAGAAAAGGAUGAAGAAAUCCAAGAUGAAGACAAAGAUAAUGCUGAUGAUGAUACAAAUGCUGAAAAUCCUCAAGAAACUGAGGAAGAAAAGCCUGAAUUGAAUGAAGACAAAAAUGAAGAUGACCUGCCGAAAAAUCCAGAUGACAUAAAUGAAAAGGAUAGUGCAGAGAAAAAAGAACACGAAGCAAACCCCCAAGCUAAUCCAUCAAGCGAUGAUCCUUCUAUGGGUGAAAGAGCUGAGAAUGCUGAAAUGGAUCGCGGUGCUAAUGAUAAUGUGGAAACUAAUGCUGAGCAAGCCAAAGACGAGGAAGCAGCUCCCUAUGAACAAGCGCAAGAGCAAGUAGGCGAAGAUAAGCAAUCAACGGGGCGCUCUGAGCUAGACAAAAGUGACAAAGGUCAUCGUGGGGAGAAACAAGCUGCCAAAGCCGACACUUCAAAAGAAAUACAAAAGCGACAUGAAAAUAAACCCGGAAGGACAGAUCAUGAAAGGACCUUAGGAGAGGUAAAUGAGCAAAAACAAAAGAGAGCGCGUACUUUGAACGUGGAAAAGGAAGAAGAAACUGCGGAAGAGAGCGGCGAAGCAGACAAUCAGGCUGAUAAGGAGGCAGAUGCGUUCCAACACGUUAAACAAGCUAAAAAAGACGAUUUGCAGGCUAUUGAUGCAGCCACUAAAGAGCAAGCUGAACAACAGCCAACAUUGCAACAGGAAGAAGAAGAAGCCGAAGAAAUGAAGGACAAUGAGGAAGUGCCCAUGGAGGUCGAUAACGAUGAUAUACAGGUUGAAAAAUCUGAGGAAAUAAAACCAGAAAAAAUUAAGGAUGGUCCAGAAAAAGACCAAGAGAAGACAGGAAAUAAAAAAGAUGGCGGAGAAGAAACAACUGGAGAGGCGGGCAUUGAAGUAGAUGGUGACGCUGUAUUGACUGCCAAUGUGCCUCGAGGCAGGGAGACGACGUAUCAUACAAAACUAGAGGAACAACAACAGCAACAGCUCGCAGAGGAUAUAACGCUGGAGCAGUACAUGAGCAUACGCGAGUACCUCAGCAGCGGUCCGUGCGGCGGCGGGCAGGCCGUGGAGGCGUGGCGCGGCGCCUGGCGGGACAGCGCGGCCGCCGCGCGCGCACUGUGCGAGCGCCUGCGCCUCGUGCUCGAGCCCACAGGUCGCUCGCGACGCGCCGGUGAUUUCCGUACCGGGCGUGCCAUCAACAUGCGCCGCGUAAUCCCGUACAUCGCGUCGCAGUUUCGGAAGGACCGCAUCUGGUUGCGUCGCACCAAACCAGCCAAGCGCGAGUAUAAAAUCGCCAUCGCUGUCGAUGACUCCAGCUCCAUGGCGGACAACAGAAGCAAGGAACUAGCCUUCGAAAGUCUUGCGCUGGUUUCCCAGGCGCUAAAUCUUUUAGAAUCGGGAGACCUCGCCGUUCUCAGCUUCGGCGAGAAACCGAAACUCUUACACCCGUUCACUGAACAGUUCUCUGAGCAUUCUGGUGCGAAGAUAUUGGAUCAGCUUCGUUUCGACCAAACGAAGACAAAAAUCGCCCAGCUGCUGGACUUCUGCACCGUUCUAUUCGACCAGCAGACGAUAAGGAGCGAUGCGAUCAAUGCUAAGUUGCUGGUGAUCGUUAGCGAUGGAAGAGGAAUAUUUUCCGAAGGUGAAACAAGGGUUAUACAAGCUGUGCGGAGAGCGAGACAACAGGGCAUAUUUUGCGUUUACGUUAUUAUUGACAAUCCUGAUAAUAAGGAUUCCAUUAUGGAUAUAAGAAGACCAGUGAUAGAUCCAGUGACAAAUACUUUAACCGGCUUUAUUCCUUACCUGGACGCGUUCCCAUUCCCGUUCUACCUUAUCCUACGAGACAUGUCAGCUUUGCCUAAUGUGUUGGGAGACGCGCUGAGACAGUGGUUUGAACUGGCUGCUAAUGUAUCUAGCUAA